UCCUGUCAUCCCUCCUGGCACCCAGGAGCUCCUGAUCACGUCUGUGCCCAGGGUCUGUGCUGCGCCCCCGAAGGACCGGCCCACCAUGCACCACCCACUUCUCUGCUUCUGCCUCCUCCUGCUGUGCCAUGAGCUACAUGGGCACCGGCUGCCCCCCACAGUCCCACGGGGAGGCGCUGCUGGGACCAUCAAGCCCCCAGGGAUGGAAGUUGCCCCCCUCCCCACUUCUCCCGACGCGCCCAGCUCCCAUCAGGCCGCUGCCAGGGUGUUGCUCGACUCCCUCCCGGGGCGGCUUCCCCAGCCGGGGCUCCCACGGGUGGGGGUCUCCUGCCAGGACUUGCUGCCCGAGGCCCUGGAGGGUUUCUCCCAGCUCCCGCCGCUGCCCCAGACCCUCGCCAGCGCGGCCUUAGCCCUCUCCCUCCAAGGGGCUGGCUGCCCCCGGCAGGCCGAGGGGCUGGUGCUGCGGCUCUACGGGGUGGUGGGGGUGGAUGAUGCCAACGCGCUGCUGCUGGGGAUAGCAGGACGCCCAGGAAGCCCCAGCCAGGGUAAGAGAGGCAGGACCGCCCUGCUCUUCAAUGUGGAUCAGCUGGCAGGGGUGGGCCCCCGGCGUUGCUCGGGCCUGGCCCAGAUCGACAGCUCCCUGCUGCUGGGCCCGGUGGCCAGCACCCAUACCACCUUCCCAGCCGCCGCCGUGGCCUGCCACAGGCUGGGCUCUGCCUGUGCCGGCGUGACCUCCAACGGGACCACCUCCUUCUCGGUGAUCGGACAGCCCGGCGCCUACGUCCUGCCGGGCCGCGGGGUCCAGGCCUGGCUCCACCGGUGCCGCGGGGCAGGGAGGAAGCGGCGCGGGAGCCCAGAGGCCUGCAGCAGCGCGCGGGAGCGGAAGGUGCACGGCAUACUGGAGUGGGUGCCCGUGGUCAGCACUUACUACAACGUGGGCACCAGUAUCUACUACGCCUUCCGGAACUGCACGGAGCUGGCCAAGGAGCGGGGCAUCGAGGCGGCCCUGGACCUGAGCUACGACGCCCUCCUGGGGCUCUUGGGCACGGCAGGGGGCAACUUGGGCGUCGGCGUAGCCGUGGGGCUGAGGCCGGCCGUCAAACUGGGGGUGCGGUCGCUGAUCAGCUACUUCCGGCAGGUGGAGCCGGCCGACCCCCGGCCCACGAGCUCCUCCAGCCCCGUCACCACAGCCGGCUCCUUCGUGCCGCCCUCGGUCUGGGUGUGAAUAAAGCAGGGCGCUGCCCAUUCUUUGAA